UAUUUCAUGUUAGCACUUCUGCACAACGAGUUAGAUUUCAUUGUUCCUUGGGUUACAUGUAUAUAGACGCUUGUAUUAUAGCAUAAGAUUUUUAUGUUUAUCAGUUAUUGUGUUUUGCAUAGCAUCAUUUUAACCGCAUGUGAAACCUAUUCCUCUUUUAUUUUUAGAUUACUCGUCCGUGGAAUAAUGUCACGAAACAGAGUUGUUGAAGCCAAAAAAUUAAACUCUACAAACCAAGAUGAAAUUUUUUGAAACUGAAGAAAUACAUCUUUGUGAGAACUGAAUAGAUCCUUAGGACCAUUUAAUAUAGUCGGCUGUGAUAUAUCUAGUAGGUAAUACACACGAGAACGAGAAGGAAAAAGGCUGGAACUUUUAUCGGGAUCCCGAGCGACGAAAUCUUGAAUUUAAAAUAUUGAUAUGAAAAUAUCGUUCGUUUUACAUUGGAAGAGAAAUAUUUCCAAAGAAUGCCAAAGUUUAAAAUAUUUUUUUAGAAUUUUACCCAACUGGUUUUGCCAGCUGAGGUUGAGCUCGGGCUUAUUGAUCAUCAUUCUAUUUCAUAUGCUCGAAGUGGUAUCAGCCGAGAAGAAUAUUCGUUACCAAAAUGAAGCGGAAGGGAUCGCGUACUCGAAAGAAUAUGACAACAGUGUCGAAAACAUGCCAACGCUGGAAGAAGACAUGUACCAUAAAGAGAAACCUACCAACAGCGUGAAACGAUUCAAAAUCGCCGAUAUCGAAUUCCAACGCGUUGAAACUCCAGUCUUGAUUGCUAUGUGGAUUUUCUGCGCCAGCUUAGCGAAAAUAUGUUUCCACAUGGCUCCGGAUUUAAAUCAAAAAGUACCCGAGUCGUGUUUAUUAAUCGUAGUGGGUGUGUUAAUCGGACUAGUAUUGAUGUGCAUUAAAAACAUUCAUAUCACUGCUCUAACACCUGAUACGUUCUUUCUAUACAUGUUGCCGCCUAUUAUUCUGGAUGCCGGAUACUUCAUGCCAAAUAGAUUGUUCUUCGAUAAUUUAGGAACAAUUUUAUUGUUCGCUGUAGUCGGCACCGUUUUCAAUACGCUCACCAUCGGAGCGUCUUUGUGGUUAGCUAAUACCUUAGGAUUAUUUGCCGUCGAUACACCGGUAUUGGAAUUGUUUCUAUUUUCCGCAUUAAUCUCGGCCGUCGACCCGGUAGCUGUGUUGGCAGUUUUCGAAGAAAUUCACGUUAAUGAAAUUCUCUACAUCGUUGUAUUCGGAGAGUCCUUGCUCAAUGAUGCGGUUACGGUGGUGCUGUAUCAUAUGUUCGAAGCGUUUAAUCGAAUAGGAACGGCGAAUAUUUUGUAUACGGAUUUAUUAAGUAGUGCGGUUUCGUUUCUAGUCGUCGCUAUCGGUGGAACCUUUAUUGGCAUUGUGUGGGGAUUUUUGACUGGCUUUGUCACCAGGUUUACUCAUCAAGCCAGGGUUAUAGAGCCGAUAUUGAUAUUGGUUAUGGCCUAUAUUGCUUAUUUGAAUGCUGAAAUGUUCCAUAUGUCUGGCAUAUUAGCUAUUACGUUUUGUGGCAUCACAAUGAAGAAUUACGUCGAAGCCAAUAUUUCACAUAAGUCUCACACGACCGUAAAGUACACCAUGAAAAUGCUGAGUAGCUCGUCCGAAACUAUAAUAUUCAUGUUUUUGGGAGUAUCAACAGUUAGCGAACAUCAUCAAUGGAACACAGCAUUCGUCAUAAUUACCAUAUUUUUCUGCACAUUUUAUAGAUUCGUUGGUGUAAUGCUAUUAUCAGCAAUUCUAAAUCAUUUCCGAUUGUAUAAACUCAAUACGGUCGAUAAAUUCGUCAUGGCUUAUGGAGGAUUACGAGGAGCAGUAGCAUUUGCGUUAGCACUAUUAAUUAAUCCGCAUCACGUUAAACAGAGGGAAAUGUUUAUUACAACCACAAUCGCUGUGAUUUAUUUCACUGUCUUCAUACAGGGUAUUACUAUAAGACCAUUAGUAAAAAUAUUAAAUGUCAAGAAAGCCGAGAAAAGGAAACCUACGAUGAAUGAGAGAAUACACGAAAGGUUUAUGGACCAUAUGAUGGCUGGUAUCGAAGAUAUCCUAGGACAUCAUGGAAAUCAUCACUUGAGAGAUAGGUUUAAACGAUUCGAUAAUAAAUUCAUACGACCUCAUUUGCUGAAAAAUCAUCAAGGUGCCGAACCAAAAAUAUUAGAAACGUAUUCGAAGCUUGCUAUGAAAGAUGCUUUAGAUUUUAUGCGAAGAAACGCUUCGACUCUCGGUAAUAUAUCGAAUACCGAAUCCGUCUCCGCUAUAUUUAGAAAUUACACCGGAGGCAAUUUACAAGCGAGUUCUAGUUGUUCCCAAUUGGAUAACAGUAUGUGGAAUGUUGAUUUGCAAGAGUUGGAAUAUAAUCCUUCGAAAAAAGAUCUCACCGAUGCCAGAAUACAUCAUUUGUUGACAACCGAAUUAUGCCAACCGCCAAAAAAAGCUUCGGAAGUACCCCAGCAUCGUCGUUUAAGCUACAGUCGUCACAUCGUCGACGAAAAAGAACUGUCCCAAGUCAACUAUCGAGCCAACGUCACCACUAGACGUAUCGUCGGAGGUUCUGAACUCGGCCGUCGCCAUCAUCACAAACGAAGCAAGAAACUGAACAAGGAUGGUAAAAUAAACCACGUUACGUUUCCAACGCCGCAACGAAACGGACCAGCGAAACAAUUUUCCGAUGAAUACCCCGAAGAGCUGGAAGACAAUAAAGAAUUUUACGACGAUAAUAAAAACGCAUGUAACGAUGACUGGGAUGCUGGCAUAACGUUUACCGUCAAUCCUGCAACGUGUAACCAAACGGAAUCUAGUUUAGAAUCAGACGAAAAGAAGACUAAUUUCAAAUUAGUCGAGUUUAAUAUUCCUAGUAAAAUUGAAAAUACUAAACAUUGUACUCCAACCGUUGCUGAAAUCAGUUUACCUUGGCAUCGGUCUGGUACGAAAAAUGGAUGCGAAGAACCGGUUCAAGUUACUUCUGUGGCUGUUGAAAAUAAACUCCCUUGGAGCCACAGCGAGGAAGAAUCUGAUCUUGAAAGCGGUACCGUCAAACAACGCGAAUUCCCUUGCUGGACGACCAAUAGAGAAUAUCUACCGUAUAGUUCGCCAUCCAAUACAUUAAUAAGUGGAGUCGAGAAACCAAAAUUAACCUCAGUACUGAAUUUAUUCCGAAGAGAUCGUAGCCGUAGCAGUGUAACUCGUUUAGAAUCAAAUGACUCCAUAUAUCAUCCAUCAUCCUCAUCAUCAGCCGUAUUACACGAAGAAUGUGGCACUGCUAAUACAUCUGUAUCUUAUCUGAGUCCUCAUCGUGAUAAUUCUACUCCUCUUCGACGCGGAUCUAUGAUGGAAUUGAGCUCAUCUGCUUACAGGAUACCAGAAGAAGAUUUCCUAUCAGUCACUAUACCAGGUUCAGGUGGCAUUCAUCGGAUACGUUCCGGAUCCAUGUGUAUUCCUCGCAAAAAAGAUGGUAUAUUAACCAUAUCAAAGUCAUCGUCUAGCAGCGGCUCAUCCAGCUCUAAUGAAGACGAACCUUUUGGAUAACAAUUACUCAUACCCCGGAAAAUAUGAUACCGGGGGUCCAGUGUGUACCAUAGCUUCCCAAUGUUGGUACACACAAAGAAGGAUACUACAGAUGAUAAAAAAACCGAAGAUGUGUAAUACAACCAAUGUAAUUUUUGGCCUACAGUGUGAGUAAAUUAUAUCUACAUACAUAUGACAAACGUGAUCUUUAAAAAUUUUGCAAUUUUUAAAACUAUAGCUCAAUAUUUACGAAAUGAUUCGCCAUUGGUGUUUUGAAAGUACCCUAAAAGAAAUAUCGUGCUUUCUCGAGGUUGUUAGUUUUUUAAAAUUAUAUUAAUGAAUGUGCUGUGGUUGGCGUUAAAACAUUAUUAAAUUAGUCAAUUGUUGAGAAAAUAUUAUUCCAAUUCAACCUACGUAGGUACCUACUUAUGUAAUAAUUUCGUUAUUUAAAUUUUUUUUGAAACGGUCUUCCAAGAUGGUAUGUACCUUUUUUUUUAUGCUUUAAAAGGCUGAUAGAUACGAUUUUGAUGUUAUAUACUCGAAUAUUAUUUAUAUUUUAUUUAUAAUGCUGAAAAAUUCGGGCACAAUUUCCUCUAUUUUUGAUUUAUUGGUUCGUCGAAUCGGCGAGUAAUUUCACAGAGUAACUUAUAUAUUUUACAUAUUCGACGCGUCAACUUCUUCAUAUCUAUUUUGAUACCUAUCUAAACUUUUACACGAGUAAGUUUUUUUUUGCUAUUUACGAGCACACGAAUAUUUUAUACAUUAAUGCCAAAUGAGUUAGGCACGUGCUCAGCAUUUUCCUAUAUCAGUUUAUUAAUUAUAUCUUUCUUCAGUUGAUUAUACAUAUCUUGAGCUAUUGAAGCUGUGGAGUAUAAUCGCAUAUUUUACACCUAGCAUUAUUACCUACCUAAUUACGUUUUUAUCAUAAUUUUUUUUCUUAAACGUUGAAUUUUUUAAAAAUUUUAUUCAGCUUGUUGAUUACUUAAUGUUAUACUAUUUAAACUUAAAAUAUAAACUAAAAAUUUUUCUUUAAUUUUUUCAAUUGUUAUUUUGAUUAAAAUCAAUUUUAAUAAUAAAACAUUUUACUUACCUAGUACGUAAUACAUAAAUCCUACUUAUAAUGAGUUUAUUUAAAAUAUCGACCGUAAGAACAUAUAAUUAAUCAAUGGUACUAUUCUAUUUAUUAAAAUACGUUUAUGUAUUAUUAGAAUUAUUUCUGUGAUAAAAUCUAUAGUCACUGUGUCCUAUUUUUAUCAUAAGUAUAAAAUCUGUCUAGUCAAUUUAGUACUUUUCCUUGUGUUUUGCAAAUUGUCAUUUUCCGUUGAAAUAUAUUACUUUAGUUUGUU